UUCACUGCAGAAACACACACUGUUCAGAUCACAGCUCAAACUACUUUCAAUUCCCAGGAAGUGAAACUCAGACAGCCAUUGUCACUGAGAGGAGAAAUGGCGCAGCAAGGAGUUCAGCUGGACCGGGAAACUUUCUCUUGUUCAAUCUGUCUGGAUCUACUGAAGGGUCCGGUGACUAUUUCCUGUGGACACAGCUACUGUAUGGACUGUAUUCAAGGUCACUGGGAUGGAGAGGAUGAGAAGCAGAGCUACAGCUGUCCUCAGUGUAGAAAGACCUUUACACCGAGGCCUGUCCUGCUGAAAAACACCAUGUUAGCAGAUUUAGUGGAGGAGCUGAAGAAGCCUGGACUCCAAGCUGCUCCUGCUGAUCACUGCUAUGCUGGAGCUGAAGAUGUGGCCUGUGAUGUCUGCACUGGGAGAAAACUGAAAGCACUCAAGUCCUGUCUGGUGUGUCUGGUCUCUUACUGUGAUCAACACCUUCAGCCUCAUUAUGAAUUACCUAUAUUUAAGAAACACGAGCUGGUGGAGCCCUCCAAGAAGCUCCAGGAGAACAUCUGCUCUUGUCAUGAUGAGGUGAUGAAGAUAUUCUGCCGUACUGAUCAGCAGUGUAUCUGUUCUCUCUGCUUCAUGGAUGAACAUAAAGGCCACGACACAGUCUCAGCUGCAGCAGAAAGGACUGAGAGGCAGAAAGAGCUCGAGGGGAGUCAACAAAACAUCCAGCAGAGAAUCCAGGACAGAGAGAAAGAUGUGAAGCUGCUUCAACAGGAGGUGGAGGCUAUCAAUAGCUCUGCUGAUAAAGUAGUGGAGGACAGUAAGAAGAUCUUCACUGAGCUGAUCCGUCUCCUGGAGAAAAGAAGCUCUGAUGUGGAGCAGCAGGUCAGAUUCCAGCAGAAAACUGAAGUGAGUCGAGUCAAAGAGCUUCAGGAGAAUCUGUAUCAGGAGAUCACUGAGCUGAAGAGGAAAGACGCUGAGAUGAAGAAGCUCUCACACACAGAGGAUCACAACCAGUUUCUACACAACUACCCCUCACUGUCAGCACUCAGUGAAUCUACAUCCAGCAUCGAUAUCCGUCCUCUGCGCUACUUUGAGGAUGUGACAGCGGCUGUGUCAGAGGUCAGAGAUAAACUACAGGACCUUCUGACAGAGACAUGGGCUAACAUCUCCCAGGCUGUGACUGAAGUGGAUGUUUUACUGUCACAACCAAAGCCCAAGACCAGAGCUGACUUCCUUAAAUAUUCACGUGAAAUCACACUGGAUCCAAAUACAGCACACACACAGCUGAUAUUAUCUGAGGGGAACAGGAAAGCUACAUUAGUGGGGCAACAACAGCGCUAUUCUAGUCACCCAGACAGAUUCACUAAAGAGUUUCAGGUCCUGAGUAGAGAGAGUCUGGCUGGACGUUGUUACUGGGAGGUGGAGUGGAGAGGCGAAGUCAUUUAUGUAGCAGUGACAUACAAAAAUAUCAGCAGAGCAUGUAGAUUUGGAUGGAAUGACAAAUCUUGGGCAUUAAGAUGUGACAAAAAGAGUUACAAAUUUUUGUACAACGACAUCCAAACUCAUGUCCCAGGUCCUGUAUCCUCCAGAGUAGGAGUGUACCUGGAUCACAGGGCAGGUACUCUGUCCUUCUACAGCGUCUCUGACACCAUGACUCUCCUCCACAGAGUCCAGACCACAUUCACUCAGCCUCUCUACGCUGGACUUUUGCUUCACUCUUCUUCUUUUGGAGACACAGCUGAGUUGUGUAAACUCAAAUAGACAGAAGUCAUUAAAGGGUUAAAUUCUGUUUUAAUCGUUGUGUUGACUUCGGGUCAAAUUGACCCGUUUAAAAAUUUUUAUAUCAGAAAAUAUGGGACAUAGAAAUAAGCG